UUAUUUCCGUUAUGCCACACAUCAUAAUCAAGUUCGUCGUUUACAAUCCAUUGCUUUAAGACGUGAAGAUAAAAGUCAUUGGGAACGUCGUGUGGCUUUAACGCCAGAUACUGUUUCUAAAUUAAUAAAAGAAACUGGUGUUAAAAUAUAUGUUCAGCCAUGCAAUAAACGAAUAUUUAAUGAUAAUAAAUUCAUAAAUGCCGGAGCAAUUGUUCAGGAAGAUAUCUCAAACGCUGAUGUUAUUUUGGGAAUCAAAGAAGUUCCAACAAACCAACUGAUUCCAAAUAAAACUUAUAUGAUCUUUUCUCAUACUCAUAAAGGCCAGUUAUAUAACAUGCCUAUGUUACAAGACAUACUUGAUAAGAAAAUUAGGUUAAUUGAUUAUGAAUUAAUGACUGAUGCACAAAAACGACGCCUAGUUUUAUUUGGAACGCAUGCUGGUUAUGCUGAAUUGGCAAAGUCUGCUGUUAAAGAUAUAGGUGACGCAAUUUCCGAUGACGGUCUUCCGGAAGAUUUUAAUCCUAUGACUUUUGUCUUUACUGGGACUGGCAACGUUUCUAAUGGUGUGCAAAAAAUAUUUAAAUGCCUGCCACACGAAUAUAUUAAAGUAAAAGACUUGCAAGAAUGUGUCAAGACACCUCAUAAAUAUAGCAAUCGUAAAGUAUAUGGAUGUCAAGUGUAUCUUGAAGACUAUUUAAUUGACACAAGGACCAGAAGUUUUGGUACAAAAGCUGAUUAUUACAAAAACCCUGGUUAUUACCAAUCACUAUUUCAUACAAAGAUUGCUCCGUACACGUCAAUGCUUAUUCAUGGUUCCUAUUGGGACUCUCGAUAUCCUCGACUUAUUACCAAGGAUCAACUUCGCGAGAUACAAGAAAAUUCCAAUAAUCGCAGAUUGUUGUGCAUUGCUGAUAUAAGCUGUGAUAUUGAGGGCGCUUUAGAAUUUUCCCAUUCAACAACCAUCGAUGAUCCAUUCUUUUAUGUAGAUGCUGUCAAAAACGUGGAACAUAAAAAAGACGAAGGUAAAGGAACACAGAUCAUGGCUGUAGAUAUUUUGCCUACUGAAAUUCCUCGUGAAAGUAGUGAGCAUUUCAGCAGGUCACUCUAUCCAUUUAUGAAAGAUUUGAUCAAUGGAACCAUCGAUAACAAUCCAGUGCUCUUUAAUGCCACUAUCGCAAAAGAAGGUCGGCUUAUGGAUGCACACUAUAAAUUAUAUGAUCUUUUACCAGGAAAUUAUUUAUCUCGAGAAAACAACUUUAUUUCACCUUUU